UCUACUUUUAAAUUUAUAAUAAUAUUUUGAACAGAAUACUUAUUAAUAUUUAAUUUUGUGUAUGUGGAUGGUGAACUUAUUUAUUAUUAAAAUGUCUAUUCAUAGAAUAGUCCCCAUGUCGACCUUAAUGCUACAAUACAGCCGUUCAAAUACACUGAUAAAAAGAAACUUUCGUGAAAUCAACAAGUACAGGUUCGCAACAACAGACCGAUCGAAACACACGAAGGCGCUAAAAACGGAAAAAGAAAAGUUCCGGACAUAUGUCGUCCAACGAUACAUUGACUAUGUAAAGAACUACACCAAAGUUUUAGAGAAUAGAUUCCCAACAGCAGUAAAAAUGUACAGAGUAUUCAGUGUCGGUAUUACAGAUUUUCUUAGAGACUUAAAAACAUAUAUAUCAUUACGCAUUAGAAUUAGCAGAGAUCAAGGCUUUGCAAACAUGAGCCGACAAGAAAUUGAGUUGUACCAAAAAAUGCCCUCUGAUAUGUGGAGGAUAGCACCUGUACUGAUACUCUCUGCUAUUCCAUUUGGAAAUUAUAUUAUAUUUCCAUUAGCUUUUUUAAAACCUAAAUCACUUCUAUGCUCACACUUCUGGUCAAUACAACAAAGGCUAGAAUUCUCUAUGCAAGAUCUCACUGAACGUCUUAAAAAUAAUAAGCCUGUAUUCCGAGCACUUCAAGCUAAAUUAGAUAUGAUUCCAAACAAUGAAAUAAAAGAAAAAUGGAGACGUGUGCUAGCCCUACUAGGUUCUGGGGUACAUCCAACGCCUAAUGAUGUAUUGGAAUGUAAAGAGCUGUUCGUAAAGGAGCCUUACCAGUUGGAAAGUUUACCAUAUGCACAUGCCGGUCACUUAUUAAAAAUGCAUGGUCUGAGACGGAGUAUCUUUAGAAGAAACAAAUUAAAGUAUCGAGCCUUCCUACUUUUAGAAAUGGAUAAAGCUAUUAUUCGUGAGGGUGGUGUCGACAAAUUAACUAUGGAAACACUUCGGUACGCCUGUCACAUACGAGGUCUCAAUGGUAGCCAUUUGUCAAAUAAUGAUAUGAGGGACUGGCUCCAAAAGUGGUUGAUGGUUUCAGAAAACGUUGAUAAGCAAUCUUAUUCAUUACUACUGCACAGUCCAAUAUUCUUUGCAUAUAAUCAUCCUCAAAACUGGGUACUUAUCUAUUAAAUUUCAAUAUGAAAAGAAAUAUUAGUGAAAUUUCUGUUGUGGAAUAUUUAUUAUAUGUACAGAUGUUCAAUGAGGUUCCCUACGGUUUUUGAAUAUAUUAUAUCACCUAUGUUUGUCAGGUACAAUGUAGGAUUCUAAUGUUAAAGAAUUUUCAAAUCGGUCCAGUCGUUUCAGAGCCUAUUUGAUGCAAAAAACAAACAAUAUAAUGUUUUCUCUCUAUAAUAUUAGUAUAGAUAAAAUAUAGGCUUAGUUGUAAAGGGUGUGUCGUAAUACUAAACAGAAAAAACUAUAAUUAUAAUUAUUCCCAUUUUACUUCUAUGACAAAGAUAAUCAAUGUAACACUGGAUUUCGGCUUAGUAUACCCAGUAUGACUAAUUCUAUAUAAUUAUAACUGUAUUAAUCAGUUACCAAAAUCCGCAAUAUAUUAAUUACCUAUCAAAUUACUGUUUAUAUAUCGGAAUUGCCAACUCUAAUCUGUAAUCUUGUCGAGAGAAUUAUUCGUAUAAGAAUUUUAGAAUCUUAUUUGUGGACACAAUCUUCUAGGCGUUUCAAUUGCCUAUUUUUAUAAAAUACUUUAUAAUUGAUUGAAUAAAAGAAAGGAUAUGCACUUUAGUAUCUUUACUUUAACAUUUAUUUAUAACUGAUGCGUCAUCAGCAAUAAAAUGAUUGAUUGUAUUCUACCUAUAUUUUGGGUUCACCAAACAACAUGUUUUUUUAUUCGUGGUAUUAGUAAGUAUCUACAGUACUAUCUACACACAGUGUUAAUUUUUCGAGUUUACGUUCUGUUUACUAGUGUUAAAUUGUAUUAUAUAUGACGUCACAUUAGAGAAGAGGAAUCUUACAAA